AUGAGUCGAACGCCGGAUCCUUAUAUGAGGAGACUCUCAAAACCCCUUAUCACUGUAACUGACGUAGUUCUGCCUCUGAGCCAAGAAACCUCAGAAAACUUUGCUUCGGAAUACAAUCUUUACGACCAAUGUCCACUGGACCUCUAUUCAACAAAGGAAAGUUUACAAGAUUCUGAUUCUACACCGACCCAUUCGCACAUAGAGAGUCCGUGGGCUCAGCCAAACGCGCUAAGGAGCCUUCUCGAAUGGAAAUCACGUAUUGAAGGAGAUGACUUGGAUACUGUGAGUGGGAAUAACUCCGCAUCUGAAAUUUCCGCUUCCUGCUUCAGCACAAUAAAGGAUCACAAUCAAUUCGCCAGAUCGGAAUUGAUUUCAGCAAUUAUGUGUGUGAACCGGAAUCGGGCUGGAGAACUCUUUGACCUGCUGGUGGAGCAUCCCGAUUUGGUCGAAACGCGAGAUAAUAAAGGAAAUUAUCUCAUUCACUACGCAGUCACUCGAGGCUUCCUCAAUAUUAUCGACUUACUGGUUUCUCGAGGCGCAGGGUCAGACACCUCUGCAUUUGGACUUAUACUGGAACAGCAAGCAGCAGUGCUGGGCCACCUCAUUUUGCUUGGGUGCAAUGCCGAGUUGACCAAUAACGGGGGUUCCCAACCAAUGCAUCUUGCCUGCGAGUUGAAUGAUGGGGAGUCCUUGAAGGAGCUCCUUCGUUUGGCACAAGUCGACAUCAACGCUCCAGGUGAAUUUGGGGGCACUGUAGUUCACUGCUGCUGUCGGAAGAACAGUAUUGAAUGCCUGAGGAUUGUGUUGGGCAUGGGAGCGGACAUGUUUAAAGUGGACGCAAUCGGUAAGUACCCUAUCCAUGUGGCGGUCUUCUCGGGUAGUCUGGAUUGUCUGAAAAUACUGCUGGAGUACGAGGCCAUUGCGAAGACAGGAGAAUUGUGUGUUGGAGGCGCUGAGGCGGAAGGCGCAGUCAACUUUUUUGACAACCACCUCAUCAACUUACCCGACGGUGAGGGUGAGACUGCUCUCCACUUGGCUGUCAACAGCGGUAACAUCGAGAUGAUCGAUUUUUGCCUGGACCACGGGAGUGACGUGGCUGCAAUGGAGAACCACGACUUCACGGCGAUUCACUACGCAGCACGACGCGGUGAGUUGAUGGUACUCUCACAACUCCUUCACUGGCAACCAGAGUUGAUGGUGAGCCUCCUCUCUGGUGUCAACCGCAAUGGCCACACGCCCCUCCACCUUGCUGUUAUGUACAACCACGCCGAACUCGCCGCCUACCUCAUUAAGUGGCGUUCACCAAUGGAGGUUCAGGACAAAGACGGGUGGACGCCGUUACUGUUGGCGACCGCGAAGUGUGCCAUUGCCGCCUGUCUCACACUCAUCCAGUUCGGCGCCGACCUCCAUGCUUUGGACCUGUCCCAUAGAAACCAUGGACUCUACAAACAGUUGAUAGGAGAGGAAGACGAGUACGGGUGUACGGCGCUACACUACGCCACAGAGGGUGGUAGUAGCAUGUUGUGUGUGACUCGUGACCUCCUGGCUAGUGGAGCAAGCUGCUUGCGACAGAAUGGGGCCCGUGAGACGCCGCUACACCUUGCGGCAAAGCAGGGCUGUGUGGCCACCGUGGAGAGUCUGCUGCGCACCGACCACGGCCUCUGGUCCAUGAACACCUCUGACGCCCAAGGCUGCACGCCCCUCCACAUCGCUGCUGCCCACGCACAAACUCAAGUCGUCUCUCUGCUCAUCGCUAAGGGCAGCAGUCUCCGCAGGUGUCAAAAGGGACGGACACCAUUGCAUUGGGCAGCACAGGCGGGAUGUCUGGAGACAUGCAAAGUCAUCCUCGGAGCCAAUACAUGCAUCAUCGAUGCAUGUGACUUUCGCGGGAUGACAGCUUUGCAUUACGCGGCUCAAAAGGGUCACGACAGCGUUAUUACGCAUCUGAUGGAUAAGGAGGCGAAAUUUGUACAGGACGCGAAUGGACUCUACUUCACCUCUUACGCUUUCAAGAAGGAGAAUGUGAAAGCUGCUCUUGCCAUUAUCUCCAAUAAGAGAUGGGACGAGAUCAUUGAACUCUUGAAUCACACGGACCAGUGUCCCAUUGAGAAAGUCAUUCGAGAAAUUCCCAGCCUUUGCCCGAUCAUCAUGGACCGGUACAUUAAAGAAGAAGGCAGUCUAAGCAAAUCCAAUUAUGAGGUUGCAUAUGACUUCUCCAUUCUUCAACCUAAAGCGCCACUGCUCGACAGAACACAGCAUACACCACUUCAUUUACUGAAGAUAUUUUACACACCAGGACGACGCAGAGUUCAAGUAGCACUGAGCUAUGCCAUCGUGUUUACAUCUACCAUUUGCAUGCUGCGGGAUGUAAUUCUCAUAUUUGGUGAAGGUCUAAAGUCCUUCAAAGACCUCACCACCUACUACUCGUUAAGCGUCUUUGCAGUGGCCACCGCAUACGGCGUGAUGUCGUUGCAUAAGUUCAUCGACCACCACUUCGUCGAGUUAGGAGCGAUUGCGCUCUUCCUCUCCUGGAGCUACUUUGUAAUUCACCUGAUGCGGUAA